AUGGCGGCGCUGGCCAGUAGCCUGAUCCGGCAGAAGCGGGAGGUCCGCGAGCCCGGGGGCAGCCGGCCAGUGUCGGCGCAGCGGCGCCAGUGUCCCCGCGGCACCAAGUCUCUUUGCCAGAAGCAGCUCCUCAUCCUGCUGUCCAAGGUGCGACUGUGCGGGGGGCGGCCCAAGCGGCCGGACCGCUGCCCGGAGCCUCAGCUAAAAGGCAUCCUCACCAAGCUGUUCUGCCGCCAGGGUUUCUACCUCCAGGCGAAUCCGGAUGGGAGCAUCCAGGGCACCCCUGAGGACACCAGCUCCUUCACCCACUUCAACUUGAUCCCUGUGGGGCUCCGUGUCGUCACUAUACAGAGUGCCAAGCUGGGUCACUACAUGGCCAUGAAUGCUGAGGGGCUACUCUACAGCUCGCCACAUUUCACAGCUGAGUGUCGCUUUAAGGAAUGCGUCUUUGAGAAUUACUAUGUCCUGUAUGCCUCUGCUCUCUACCGCCAGUGCCAUUCUGGCCGGGCCUGGUACCUAGGUAUGGACAAGGAGGGCCAGGUCAUGAAGGGAAACCGAGUCAAGAAGACCAAGGCAGCUGCCCACUUUGUGCCCGAGCUCCUGGAGGUGGCCAUGUACCGGGAACCUUCUCUCCACAGUGUCCCUGAGACCUCUCCUUCCAGUCCCCCUGCCCCCUGAAAUGUCCCUGGAUUGGAGGCUCCUUGCAUUCCCAGUGAGCCAGCCACCACCACAGCCUGUCUCCCAGUUCUGCUGUCACCCCUGCUGCCACACAGGUGCCCUGAGCAGCUAUGUCCCACCAGGUGCUCUACCAUAAAGGGGCCUAGGAGCGGAUUUUCACUUCUAGGGCUGCUGAGACCAUUAGAUCCUUGGGCCCAAGAGGGGGUCAAAAAGGGGUAUGUCUGAAAAUGAUCCUGGCUGAUCACUUCCUCUUUCUAUCCACACUCACACACUCCCAAAGCCUUUUCCUAAGAUGGUGGUAGGGGUUUCCAAACUGACAGGGCAUAAACAUUCCUCAAUUCUGGGUAAGCCAUUUCCUAGAGUCUUCUGCUCCUUUCUUUCUUUCUUUUUUUUUGAGACAGAGCCUCAAGCUGUCCCCUGGGGUAGAGUGCUGUGGCAACACAGCUCACAGCAACCUCCAACUCCUGGGCUCAAGCGAUUCUCCUGCCUCCGCCUCCCAAGUAGCUGGGACUACAAGCGCCUGCCACAAUAGCAUAGAAGAAUUUUUUGGUUGCAGCUGUCAUUGUUGUUUGGCUGGCCGAGGCUGGAUAUGAACCCACCAACUCAGGUGUAUGUGGCUGGCGCCUUAGCCGCUUGAGCCACAGGCGCUGAGCCUUCUGCUCCUUUCUAUUGCCACUGAGCCACAGAUUAGUGGGUCCACUGGAGCUCAGGACUAGUUUUCUUCUUUUUUUUUUUUUUUUGUAGAGACAGAGUUUCACUUUAUGGCCCUGGGUAGAGUGCCCUGGCAUCAUACAGCUCACAGCAACCUCCAACUCCUGGGCUUAAGCAAUUCUCUUGCCUCAGCCUCCCGAGUAGCUGGGACUACAGGCGCCCGCCACAACGCCCGGCUAUUUUUUUGUUGCAGUUCUGCCAGGGCUGGGUUUGAACCCGCCACCCUUGGUAUAUGGGCCCGGCGCCUUACUGACUGAGCCACAGGUGCCGCCCAAAUUUAUUUAUUUAUUUUUUGUUGCAGUUUGGCCGGGGCUGGGUUUGAACCUGCCACCCUCGGUAUAUGGGGCCGGCGCCCUGCUCACUGAGCCACAGGCGCCGCAGGACUAGUUUUCUUCUUUCCAUACUCUCCUUCUACCUUGGUCUGAACAAGUUGUGGAACACCAGACUACCCAGCCAGAGCCAUUUCUGCACUAGGGCUCUGUCUUGGAAGCCAGGCAUGCUGCCAGACUGGAUCCAUCAGCUUCUAUUCUUGACUGAUAAGACUCCUGGUUUUUUUAGAGAUGAUGGAUUUGAGCCUCAUCUAGCUGUUGGCCUUAGCCUGACUGAGGACUAGUCUCAGAUCAUCAGAGUUUUAAUUUUCUUUUUUUUUUUUUU